GCGGCGCCGGGGCGGGCGGCGGCCUGCGGCGGGUCAUGGUGAGCGGCCAUGGAGCCGGGCCGCGCGGCGCUGCCGCUCGAGAACGCCUCCAUCCUCUCGGAGGGCGCGCUGCAGGACGGGCACCGCCUCUGGAUCGGCAACCUCGACCCCAAGAUCACCGAAUACCACCUUCUCAAACUCCUUCAGAAGUUUGGCAAAGUCAAGCAAUUUGACUUUCUCUUUCACAAGUCUGGUGCUCUGGAGGGACAGCCGAGGGGUUACUGUUUUGUGAACUUUGAAACCAAACAGGAAGCAGAGAAGGCGAUCCAAUGUCUCAAUGGGAAGCUGGCCCUUUCCAAGAAAUUGGUGGUACGGUGGGCGCAUGCACAAGUCAAGAGAUAUGAUCAUAACAAAAAUGAGAAGAUUCUUCCCAUCAGUCUGGAGCCAUCUUCUAGCACGGACCCACCCCAGUCUAACCUCAGCGUCAGUGCAAAAAUAAAGGCCAUUGAAGCCAAGUUGAAAAUGAUGGCGGAAAAUCCAGAUGCUGAAUUUCCAACGACGCCUGUUUAUUCUUACUUCAAACCACCAGAUAAGAAAAGGACUACUCCUUAUUCCAGAGCUGCCUGGAAAUCCAGAAGAUGAUGCUUAUGAGUGGAUAUGGUAGCAAGAAACACUGCUUUAUAUACCUGGAAUCUUGCAACGCUUUUGUACUUUGUAUAGUGAGAAGGAAACUGUCACCUGAGCACAGUGCCACUGUGUAUGGCACAGUGGCAUUGACACCUUAGGUGAUCUGCUCAGUGCUCCUUGUUGCCAGUGCAGCUCUCAGCUGAACGCUGUCCAGAACAGCGGGCUCUGUUCAAAGCCCGUGGCGAGCACCCAGACGAGCUCUUGUUAGUGCACACUCAGUAGCGAGACUAGAAGCAGUAACCAGUGUAUGGAGUAAAGCAUAUCCAAAAUGUUUGGGUUAAUUGAUUACUUUUUAAGGUAUUUUUAAACAAAGGGUAUUCCA